AUGAAAAACGGCCUUUUGCUAGUGGCCGGGGGGCUACUCCCCCUCCUCCAGACAUCUGCUAACCCUCUCCCGAAUCCGAAUCCCAGCAUCCCCGACCUCCUCGACUCACUCCUGAACCCCAAUCCAGGCCACGGUGGGUCAGAUUCCAUAACCCCGCCAGGCCCAGGCUACACUCUUACUUGGCACGACGAAUUCACCUCUCCCUCAUCUUCCUCCUCCGAAUCAGGAUCAGGAUCAGGGUCGAAUCACCUCCCCUCCUCCUCAAACUGGCUCUUCUCAACCGGAACCCAAUACCCCGCCGGGGCACCAAACUGGGGCAACAACGAGCUGCAGUCCUACACCACCUCGCCGUCAAACAUCCACCUCACAGCCCAGGGAACCCUCCUAAUAACGCCCCUCCGCGACACCAAUAACCACUGGACCUCCGCACGCAUCGAAACCCGACGCACCUCCUUCGCCGCCCGCCGCUCUGGAAAACUCUACAUCGAAUCCCGCCUCCGCACAGGGUGCGCACCACCUUCCCAGCAGUCUGGAAUCUGGCCUGCAUUCUGGGCGCUCGGCGAGAGUUUCCGCGCCGACCCCACAGACUGGCCGAUGGCCAGCGAGUGGGAUUUCGUCGAGGUGAUUAAUGGCGAGCCCGCUGUGUACAAUAACCUGCAUUGCGGCGUGGAUCGCGAGAUGGGCGGCCCGUGUAAUGAGUAUACGGGGUUGACGAAUGGGGGUGUGCGGUGGAGCGGGUGUGAGUGGCAUACGGUUGGGUUUGAGGUUGAUCGGGAGGUUGAGGGUGGUGAGUGGGAAGAUGAGACGCUGACGUGGUUUCUGGAUGGGGUUGAGAGUCAUCGGGUUUCCGGGGCUGAUGUUGGCGAUGAAGGGGUUUGGGAGAGCAUUGCGCAUAGAGGGCACUUUUUGUUGCUGAAUGUUGCUGUUGGAGGCAACUGGCCGGGGUAUCCGGAUGAGAAAACGGUUGAUGGGGAGGAGGUCGCCAUGGAGGUUGAUUAUGUGCGGGUUUGGAAUGCGAAUUGA